GAGCUCCGGACUGCUUGUGCUUGAGCUCAUUUGGGCCUUAGGGUUGCGUUCUGGCUCCACGCCAGACUCUGGUUUACUGUCUCCGGCGCAGCCCGGCGCCUCGCACCAACUGUUUCCCUGGUGAAGGGUGGGUGACCCCUCCUUUCUCCUUUCCCCGCCUGUCCUUUGAUCCUGCCGCGCAGUGCGUCCCCACGCGGAUCCUUGGGUCGCUUCGCACCCUGCGGCGAAUCGGUGGUCAUGCCGACCCAGCAGCCAGCUGUGACCAGGAGGCCACCUAAGGCUUCCCGGAGCCUCUCUGGUUCACUUUGUGCACUGUUUUCUGAUGCAGACUCGGGAUCAGGGAUGAAGGCGGAGCUGUCUCCUCGACCUGGGGUAGCAGGGAGGGAGAUGACCCAAGAAGAGAAGCUGCAGCUUCGGAAGGAAAAGAAACAGCAGAAGAAGAAACGGAAGGAGGAAAAAGGGACAGAACCAGAAGUUGGCUCUGCUGUAACUUCAGCCCAUUGUCAAGUGAGAGAACUGCCAGGACCCAGCAGGCAGUUGGAGGGCACUCCUGGUGAGAAAGUUCCAGGUGGUCGGAGUAAGGCUGAACUUCGUGCUGAGCGUCGGGCCAAGCAGGAGGCUGAACGGGCCCUGAAACAGGCAAGGAAAGGGGAGCAAGGAGGGCCACCUCCUCAGGCCUGCCCCAGCACAGCUGGAGAAACCCCCUCAGGAGUGAAGCGUCUCUCAGAGCAAACUCAGGUUGAUGACCCCACACUUCUGAGGAGUCUUAUUAAAAAACCAGAGCGACACCAGGUUCCUACCCGAAAGGAUUAUGGAUCCAAAGUCAGUCUCUUCUCCCACCUACCCCAGUACAGCAGACAAAACUCCUUGACCCAGUACAUGAGCAUCCCAUCCUCUGUGAUCCACCCAGCCAUGGUGCGACUCGGCCUGCAGUACUCCCAGGGCCUGGUCAGUGGCUCCAAUGCCCGGUGUAUUGCUCUGCUUCGUGCCUUGCAGCAGGUGAUUCAGGAUUACACAACCCCUCCCAAUGAGGAACUCUCAAGGGAUCUUGUGAAUAAACUAAAACCUUAUAUCAGCUUCCUGACUCAGUGUCGCCCCCUGUCAGCAAGCAUGUACAAUGCCAUCAAGUUCCUUAACAAGGAAAUCACUGCUGUGAGCAGCUCCAAGCGGGAAGAGGAGGCCAAGACAGAACUUAGAGCAGCUAUUGAUCGGUACAUACAAGAGAAGAUUGUGCUGGCGGCUCAGGCAAUUUCACGAUUUGCCUACAAGAAGAUCAGUAAUGGAGAUGUGAUCCUGGUGUAUGGAUGCUCAUCUCUGGUAUCACGAAUUCUUCAGGAGGCUUGGAAUGAGGGCCGGAGGUUUCGGGUGGUAGUGGUGGACAGUCGGCCCUGGCUGGAAGGAAGGCACAUGCUACGUUCUCUGGUCCAUGCUGGCGUCCCUGCCUCUUACCUGCUGAUUCCUGCAGCCUCUUAUGUGCUCCCAGAGGUUUCCAAGGUGCUAUUGGGAGCUCAUGCACUUCUGGCCAAUGGAUCGGUGAUGUCACGGGUAGGGACAGCACAGCUGGCCUUAGUGGCUCGAGCCCAUAAUGUGCCAGUGCUGGUCUGCUGUGAAACAUACAAGUUCUGUGAGCGUGUGCAGACUGAUGCCUUUGUCUCUAAUGAGCUAGAUGACCCCGAUGAUCUGCGGUGUGAGCGGGAAGAUCAUGUAGCCCUGGCUAACUGGCAGAACCACUCAUCCCUGCGGCUGUUGAAUCUGGUCUAUGAUGUGACUCCUCCAGAGCUUGUGGACCUGGUCAUCACAGAGCUGGGCAUGAUCCCUUGUAGUUCUGUACCUGUUGUCCUACGAGUCAAGAGCAGUGACCAGUGAGGAGGAAAUACAGGGUCAAUAAAUGACAUACAUCCUACCCUUA